GCCAUCAUGACUUUUCUCGGUCACAUUUUGCUUGCACCUGAAAAAGCAGAUACCAACGGCAACGCCCUUCACAAUCGACGCAGCAAUCACCAGAAUCGAAGAGGUAUAUGACUUCGAUUGUCAGUGCAUACAUAGAACAAGUCAAAGCCUUCCUUAAAACAAAUGCCCAGAGCCAAGGUCCGCAAGGAAACGUUUCUUCAGUCGUUGUGGAAGACGAAACAAGAAUCUUUGGGAAAAAUGCGAGGUCUGCUUCAAAAGUAUGAUCCACAGCUUUUGAAGUUGUUCAAACUUAAAGCCGUUUGACGCUGGUAGUCGAGAAUUGUUUCUCCGAGAUAAGGGCAGGGCAUGUGAUAUGCCAAUGCAGUUGCAGUUCGACUUUCACUUCAGUUGAGCAAUGAAGGAGCACUUGAAUACUUCAAGUCAAAUCUGACUUGAAGUAUUCAACUCUACCAAAGAUGGCCCCACCUUCAGCAGCACAGUUGACAAAGUCACAAGUGCAGCAAAUAAGAGACUGGCGCAUGAAGUAUGGUCAAAGUGUCCCACAGAAUACCGUGCGGAACAUGAGCACUAAAGACAAUCCAGGUACUCUGCCGAUAAAUCUCUAUGCCCUGGCACAGCCAGCUAGCGAGCCUUUGGAAUUCUCGAAAAUUACAGAAAAUGGUACCCAAACAGACACACACCAUGCCAACACGCACAACAUUCUUCAUUCCACUGGGGAUGUUGUUUUUCUUGCCUCGUACGCCAAUUGUGGGCGGAUGAUGAUCUACCAUCUACAAGAAAUCGUUAGUGUUUCAACAAAGCAAGCAAGAGCCACCAUUUUUGAAGGUGACCCUUUCAAUCCACUUAUAUUUACAGAAGAAGGAGUUGUCAAGGUCAAUGCGAAAGAAAUACCUGGUUCUCAAGUGGAAACCGUUUGCAGGAGAUAGCAACCUUGAACUGACAGAGAAUGAGUUUCUAAGAUAGCAGUCGAGAAUGAUUGAAUGUGUUGAUACUGUGACGAUUGAAGAAGCGAGAGAAAUUAGAGAGCGCCAGGAUAUCGACCAAGAAAGUGCAACAGAUACGAAGCCAAGACGUGCAACAAAGACACCACAUAGGCUACUGACGAUUUUGUAUAUUAUGAUUAGUAAAGGUGAUACUUUAGUACUUUAAUCGUUGGAACAAUUGAAGAAACUAUAAAUGCAAUGCUGUUCAUUAGAUCUAUUUUUUGUUAUGUAAUAGUAAUACUGUCAAUACUUCCACGAAGUCAAAUAACUAUUUUAAUAAGUCUUCUUCAGUAUUGUAUUUUUCAAAUGAGCAACAUCUGCAGGCUUGUGAUUGUAUUUUUCUGUUUAAUUUUGUUAAAGUGAACGUAUGUAUUAAUAUAAUGGAUGAUAGCGAGGAUAAACUGUCAAAUUUUCUGAAUAACGAAACAAAAUUUAAUUUAUAAAGGGGAACAAGGGAGCAUGGUUAAAUUUUGGAAGGGAACAAGGGAACAAAGCGAAAAUUUUGAAGGGAACACAGGAACAGGUACCCCCCCUGGGAGACCCUCAGCAUAAAACACGCGCGCUAGACUAUAACAGUGAUGUUAUGAUUUUGUCGUGCUUAAAUUUUACAAUAUUUCUCACUAAAAUAUCUUGAAAAUCAUUGUAGUCUGUUUAUAUAAAGCAUACAAAGCAUAUACAUCGACAAGGAACCGCAAAACUCAAAGUUUGAACUUCGUGAUCGAAUGACAUAAAACUGACAUGUCAACUCAAAAACAAUCAACAGGCAACACUCGCAACAGAGACCAGGGUGCAUUCCGUGUAAACCUCACGCCGAAGAUAAUCUGAGGUUGUGUUACCGUGCGCCAAGUGAGGUCAACUUAUGCGCCGGCUGAUCGCGGGCACCAUGAUUUUUCAUUAAUAGUUAGUUGCGUAAAAUUUAAACUUGCUAAAAAGGCGUGUAACUGAUGAAUAAAAUGUUUUGCUAAUGAGCAAUGAUGAGUGUUGUUACUGUUGUAUCACAAGUUAACUUGCGAUACAGUAGCGGAAACAGUAGCGGAAACUUUGCGAAUUUUUUUAUUUUUUUUUUGAGGGGGGGGGGGGCGAGUGCCGAAGGCACGAGAUUUGUAGGGGGGUCUGGGGACAUGCCCCCCCCCCCAGAAAAUUUGGAUCCCUGAAAUGGCAUUUGUAGCAUUCUGAGAGCAC